AUGAUUCCAGAAGAGCCACAUGAGCCAUUAGGAUCGCAUGCGCCAAAUAAUUCGUCUUAUGCUCCAGGAAAUUCAAGGACUGCGAUGAUUCAAGCGCAAAUAGAUGAUACCGUUGGUAUUAUGAGGGAAAAUAUUAACAAAGUUGCACAACGGGGUGAACGACUUGAUAUUUUACAGGAUAAGACGGAAAAUCUUGCAACAUCUGCUCAAGGGUUUCGCCGUGGCGCAAAUCGUGUAAGAAAACAGAUGUGGUGGAAAGAUGUUAAAAUGCGUAUGUGUCUUAUCAUUGGUAUGAUAUUUUUUGUAUUAGAUAGACUACUCUAA